AGAAGGUCCAAUAGCAAUCGCCGAACUAUUCCGUCUCUUUUCAGCCAGGUGGAUUUUCAAAUGUGUAUAAGUCACUGGUUGUUAUCUUAAUCAUCAUUAACUAUGUAACUAUAACAGUGAACAAUAUCACGAGUCAGUCACUAUUACUAAUCGUUUAAUAAUAGUAGCUAGCUCGCUAUAUUAGCACGUUUCGGUGGGUACACUGCCAGGGAGGACACUCUUUAUUAACUCGCUAGCUAGCUAGCUAACUAGUUAGUUUAAGAUUUUGGGUAUCAUGUAAGAGAAACUUAAACAUGGCAAAAGACGUAUAAGUAACGAUACUACAAGAGAAUCAACUACAACAUGGCAAAUAGGAAAGAAGUUUUUCAGGAGAAGCUUAUGAGGAGACUCUACCCAGUACCUCCCAACACUGAAAAACCACAGGCGGCAUUGACCAACUCAGGAUCAGCCUCUGUAAAGACACACGUUAAAGUGAAAGCCAUUAGAGGCACAGUAACGGCAGGAGAUGAAGGAAGAAACAAGCUGCCGCAGAGAAGAGUGUACACCGUUCUUCCUCCGCCCGAUGGCUAUAGGUCAGGUGACGGAGAGUCGCCCGCAUUCCCUGAGCCAGGAAACAUAAAUACCGAAGGUGACCAAGCUGCAGAUGCCCGAGAUGACGGAAGCCCAGAGCCAGCCGGCGGUGGACGCCACAGGCGGAGGAAACGCCACAGAGAGGCGGGAGGAGGAGCAGAGGUGGAGAGGGACACGGGCGGGGCCGGGGAGGCCGGGGCCGAGAAGAUGAGCAAGAACAGGAGGAGGAAGGAGAAGAAGAGGAGACGCAAAGAGAGGCUGCUCUCCCUGGGCCUCGUGCCUGGUGCCGCCGCGGUGGAGUUCACCUACCAGCCAGGGCUGGCCGAGGAGGAGGAGGAGGAGGAGGAGGAGUGUCGAGAAGAGAAGAUGGCGGAGCUGCUGGACUUCCUCCAGGCCACGUGGGAGAUCUGCCUCUCUGACAGUGGUGUGUCAGGGACCACUCAGGUACCGGAGGCAGUGAUGCAGGGCCUGACGGCCGGCCUGCUCCAUGGCUCGCCAUCCCCCGCGGACCUGCUUUGGCUGCACCGCCUCAAGGCCCUGGUGCUGCGGCGGGACGCAGGAGGCCUGGCGGGAGCCCUGGAGGAGUUCCGCCGCCAAUCGACCAUGCCCCACGAGGAGACUUCAGCUAUCUGCUCCUUAUUCUGCUAUUGGCUGACGGACAUUCUACCCAUGCGGAGCGAUCAGAAGCCGGGUGGGCCCCUCGUCCCAACGUCGACCACUCCGCUGGAACCUGUGCUGUAACGGGGACUGUCACGUUCUGUUGGGAGACAUUUUUACCUAGCUGAAGAAGUCUGUACAUUUCUAUUUUUUUUAUUGCAUCAUGCUUCAAGAGAAGUGUAAAGGCCCGGACACACCAAACCGACGGUCGGCCGCGGAGCGCCGACAAAGAUCGCCUCGCGUCGAUACGCGUCGUUAAUGUUGGCGGUGCCGAACACACCGCAACGACGGUCCGCCGACGGCCGAGUUGCACGUACGUUCUGCGCCUGCGUGAGAGGUGGCGGUAGUCUGUAUUUGUCCGGGGAAUGCGUUUGCAUUGCGUUGGACCUAGAAGCAGCCAUUGUCUCGCUCACAACAAACAGUUUGCAGCAAUUUCCUUGUUCUCUCGCUAUUUAGUAAUACUAAUCGAAAAUUAUGUCUGUUAAUCAUAGUAACUUUGGAAUGGCUUGCUUUCGUCGCUUCCAUUUCUCUUCUCGUGCACUUAUUCGCUAGCUGGACAGCCAAUCAGAGAGCUCUCUCUCAUCGAUGGCUCUGGGAGCCCUCCAAAACACGCCGACGGAGUGUCGGCGUGCGGGACACACCGGAAAGACUCGGCCGACAGGGCGCCACCGACGGCCGACCGUCGGUUUGGUGUGUCCGGGCCUUUAAUAUUGAAUUCAUCUUUAAUGGUUCUGACAUAUUUUCCCCACAUGUCCAUUCCAAUGAAAGCUGCAACAACUCGCAAGAAUUACCGUUCAUCGGGGAUUUGCGAACCAUCAGCCACUGGUGACAAAGUCAUUGCCAGAGGGCCGUGUGUAUGCAGGUUUUCAUUCCAGCAAAUGAAUGCUGCUUUAAGUGAUUUCAAUGACUAAUUCUGCCAUAUGCUUUAUCUAAUUGCAUUAAACUUUAUAACCUACAGCCCUAAUUCAGCAAAUAAUUGAACUAGUUAUAUAAUCGGCAUCUGAGGCUAGAAAUAAAACCAGCACACACACGGCUCUCUUUGGCACUGAGUUUGAGACCACUGCAAUAGAAGGUGCAACAACUCACAGCAAUUAGCUUUCAUCAAGGAAUUGCUAGCCAUUGGUGGUUGUUGGUCUGUCGGCCCUUUGGGACUGGUCAUGGCUGUGCAGUUGGAGAAGACAUCAUUGUGGAGUGCCGCCCGUGUUGCUUCGCAGUGAAAUGGCAGGUGCUAAUUCCGUGCAGCUUUCGGUAAAUGGUAAACGUCAACAGUGUUCUAUGGCAGCUCAUUGACAUUACUGACAUCUAAAUCCCAUUAUCAGUUUGACUGCCUUUAUUCCCUGUCAGUUAUUCCUCAUCCACGUGAUGCUGCAUUAUACCUGGAGGCAAAGGGAGCCUUCAGUACCUCGCAUUUGUCAAAGCCACCACUUUCCCCUGUACUCCAACCAAGAGCAUUUAUUUUCCGUAGUGAUUAUUUUGCAGAAUGUUUCCUGAAGUAGCUUGAAUGUCAUUCCAUUAAUGUCUGAUUUACCAAACUUAUUUUGUGUGAUGAACUGAGGUCAGAAGUCACAUUGUCAACAUCAUCAACACUUUUCUGUAGAUACGUGAAGUGCACUUAAGAAGGUAGGCUAUGUAUGAUUUAAUCAACCUUUUUAAAUUAAAAUCGGGUUGUUCCACAGUAGUUUACAAUGGACAAUUUCAAGACUGAAAUAAACCUCAGUUGUGCCAAAGUGGCAAAAACUUAACAUUAGUCCCUGGUCCCUUUGAAAGUUAAAUUUCACCAUGCUAAGAAACAAAUGGCACAUUUCGACACUAUAAACUGAUGGGCAAUAUAAAGUGUUAUGCCUAUGACAGCUGUUAAAAUGAAAUGUAUACUGUGUGCUGGAUGCAGUGUAUACACAUUAGCUGCAGGGUAAGAAGAAUCGUUAUUAUUUGUCUAGCACCUUUCCUAAACCCAAGGACACUGAAUAUGACUUACUUGAUCAAGCAUACAAGCUUUGAAAUAGUGAAGUGGCAUUAUCACCCCCCCCACCCACCCACACCUCACUUUCUCUAUAUUCAAUGUCACAGCAGACCACAAAGUGGCAAGUUUUAUGAAGAAGGGCUCAAGGUUUAGCGUUUGACAUUACGCGGCAGGCCGAUUAACAGCCUGAAGUGCCUCAGCUUUUUGGGGUGAGGAGGGGUGAAGCUCGGCUGUGGAGGGGCCCCGAAACGACCUCCCCGCUCCCCCUGCCAGGUCUGCUGAGGUGACUGGCAGUAAAUAAGGGGGUGUGAUUGGGCGGGUGGGGGCGGCUGCCAUGACAAUGCUGUUUUAUUGCCGUUUACCCGCCUGGACGUGUUGAUCCGCCCCGAGGUCUCACUUUGUUUAAUAUUAAACACUUUGUCAGGAUAACAGAGAAUACUUGUCAGGAUAGUUCUCUGCUAACGGUACAGCUGAAUUUAGUAGGUCUUUGCUAGCACAAUCCUAGCAUUUCAUUUAAUACUUGAUAUACGUUUUCAGGCUUGAUGACUAAGCUAACCGUAUUGUUGAUUCUAGUACAUCUUGCUACACUGAAAGUUUUUAAUUAUCCUUGUCUGCUCUGCUGUGAUAUAAUGAUAAAUGAUAGCAUUAUACACCGAUGAACCAAAACAUGACCACCUGACUAAUAUGCUGUUGGUCCUCCACGUGCCGUCAGAACAGCUCUAACCCAUCAGUGCAUGGACUACAAGUCCUCAGAAGGUGUCCUGUGGUAUCUGGCACCAAGUUGUUAGCAGCAGAUCCUUUAAGUCCUGUAAGUUGCGACCCAGGGUUUCCCAGCAGUUUCCCAACACACCUCCACUGGCUUGUCUUCCCAUAGUGCAUCCUGGUGCCACCUCUUCCCCAGUUAAACGAUGAACAUGUAUCCGCCCAUCCACAUGAUGUCAAAGAAAACGGGACAAGGUCCAGUUCCGAUGCUCUUGCCCAUUGUAGGUGUUUUCCACAGUGGACAGAGGUUUGCAUGGGCACUCUGAACGGUCUGCUAACUGGGCGCUCCCUAUAAGCCUUGCCGUUUUGGAGAAGCUCCAACCCAGUCUUCUGUCCAUAAUGAUCUGGCCCUUGUCAAGGUCACUCAGGUCUUUACGCCUGUCGAUUUCUCCUGCAUUUCAACAUGUUGACUACAGGAGCCAACUGUUUGCUUGCAGUCUAAAACAGUGCAGUCCAAAAGUCUGAGACCACUAAUAACAAUUUGAGUGAAAAGUUGAAGAAAUGACAUUACAGAAUUUCUUUGUAUUUCGUAAGUCCACUUUUUGUUUUAAAUGCAACGUGCACUCAAGCUGGCAUGGAUUCCACAAAUGUGUGGAAAACCUGAUGAUUCAUGUUAUCCCAGCAUUAUUUGACAAUGUCCCAAAGAGCAUUUUGUGACGUUACUGAAUGCUUGGCUUUUGUCAGUCUUCAAAUGUCUCCAUAAAUGUUCAAUGGGGUUGAGCUCAGGUGGUUGUGGAUUGUCCAGCACUCCUUGCUCUUCUUUAGUCUUCAAGUAGUUCUUGCAAGGCUUUGUUUAAUUUCAUUUUUUUCUAAAUCCUAAAACUUUCUGUUUAUUUCCAGAAUUAUAUGGGGGAAAAAAACCUAGAUUUUCAAUGUGGCCUCAGACUUCUGGACCCCACUGUAUAUCCCAGACCUUGACAUGCACCGUUGUUAUGAAAUAAUCAUUUUUAUUCACUUAAUGUAUGGUCAUAAUGUUUUGGCUCAUUGGUGUAUAUUUUUCUACCAGGUGGGAGAUUUACUUUAAUUGCUGCCUGAGAUGAGCUUCUUUCACUGAAUAAAAAUAACUAUUUUAUAUAGCCUAUAUUACACUUCUUAUGUGAGUCUGCCCAAAAGUGUCCUCAUACUUUGAAGAACAAAAUAUAAAUUUUGUUUUUAUAGGGGGGUUGGAAUUUCCAGUGAAUGUGUAAAUCAACUAACUUGAGAGAAUGUAAAUCAUUUGAAAAAUACUUGUUCUUCCGAGUGCUUUUGCGAAUAUAGUGGCACCAGUUGUAAACAGCAAUUCCAAACAUCAUUGGGAUGGCUAAUUUCCGCGACGCAUAUAUUGGGUAUUAAUUGUGUGCUGUUUGCAAUAUCACAGAAUUUUGACUAUAAAAACUAACAUUUUGAUAAGCAGGACAGUACCUGUUUGAUAGUAUCCUCAGUGAGCUAGGGUUUCAAUCUGCUGGAUUAUCUUGGUCUCGUCCAGCAAGAAUGGCUCCUGAUUGAUCGGCUGCCUGAAGUCUGUGCGCCUGCCGAUAGUCGCAAUCCUGAGCCGUUACGGAGUGGAACAAAGUGCUAGCAAGCAACCCUACAAUCCAGAUUAAACAAUUUUGGUUACUCCAUUCAUGAGUCAGAUUAAAUUUCUGAAUCUGAAUUUCUUCAACUGUAUAUAAAAAAUGCCAAAUGUAUUUAAAAGGUAAAGCUUAAAAUUGGUUGCUGUAAAUGCGAUCCAGUAGCAGGCUACUGUAUAUCAAAAUAAUUAUUCCAUCUCCUCUUGUCAUGCAUUUACUGGAAUUAUUAUCCUCUCCAGACAGCUAAUGUACAAGUUCAGGUGUUGAAAGCAGGAUGAAAGCCAUCUUAAAUCCCUCUAAGAGAGUCACAGAUGCAGGCGAGGCAAUAUGCAAGCCAAGAGUAAAUUCUGUUUUUGAUAAUUGAGCUUUUAUGCACUGCUUUCUGGACUCUAGUCAUAAUACUGUUACUACUCCAGGGCUUUAUGAGUGUCUGACAACCAACACAGAAUGGUAAUGAAGGCCUGAAAAAUUGCUUUAUGCCCUUAUGCACUCCAUUGUAUGUUUGUUUACCACACAGGCAUGUUCUUUAUUCUGUCUGAUGCGUAUUAUCCCUUUAUCAAGUUGGAUACUGAUUGAACCAAAAAGCACAAUUCAGUAUCCAAAUUCAACACAUUUUUAGUAUGUUCUUUCUCAGCAUUACCUGUACAUGAAUAUGCAGUAUGUAAUAAAGUGACAUGCAUUUUGAGUCUAAA